GUCAGUUUCUCCUUAUUAUUGUGCUUCUGAAAGCACAGCUUGGUGGGAGUGAUACCAAAUCACCCUUCAAGGAACGUGACCUAUGAGAGAAACGUCGUUACGUAAUACUGAGGUGUUUAUUUGCUCGACGGGAGGAACGCCUUGUCUGUGGCUUUUAAACAACGACAGCACUGGCACUGCUGAUAACUUCUGCUCAUAUUUUAUAAAACAACGUCGAACUGACACCGACAAGGUGGUGAGGUGGAGAGAGGCUAUAGGCAGACCAAUGGCCGCAAUGCAUCAAUCAGGUUACCCUCUCAGGCACUCACUGUACUGGGAUGAAGCGGAAUGCCUCAACUACUAUGGGAUGCUGUCUCUUCAUGAGGUCUUUGAUAUAGUUGGUUCUCAGUUGACGGAGACUGACAUUGAAGUCUUGUCAUUUCUUCUGAAUGAAACCUGGCAUGCCUCACACCCACUUGACCCUGCAGGCUGGACAGUAGAACCCUGUCAGAGCAACCCAGAUGAUGUGGGCUUAGCCCCAAGCCAAGAAUUGCUUAAGGCCUGGAGAAGGUUAAGGCCUGAGAACUCCAAGAGUCCCAUACAGGCUUCUUUUAAGCCUAAGAGUGGCAUUGAGCUUUUGUUAGAACUGGAGAGGCAUGGAUACCUCAGUGAUGGCAACCUGGAGCCACUACUGCAGCUACUGAGAGUCCUUACUCGUCAUGAUCUGCUGCCAUUUGUUUCCAACAAGAAAAGAAGGACAGUAUCUCCAGAAAGAAGUGGUCAGAGGUAUGGAAUACAGAACAGAGACAUGAUGUGCAUCUCUGGAAUAGAACACACUUGCAGCCCGACGGAUAUACCUCUUCCAUCUUUCACACAACAAUUAAGAACAGGUACCUAUCCUCCUAUGCCUGGAGCACCUGCUAGGAGGAGAAGGAAAAAGGGAAAUGGCUGGAGCCGCAGGCCCAGGAAAGCUCCCAGACAGAGCCAAUCUGUCCCUCCACCACCACCACCACCACCACCACCACCACCACCACAACAUAAAGUGUCUUGUGAUGUCCGCCUUCGUGUCCGUACCGAGUACCUGGAGAAUGAGUCGGCCCUCCGUGAAGGCGUCUCCUCGGACAAACAGCAGCCCCUGGAGCGGCAGUUUGAGUUGUUCAGUCAAGCCAAUCAGUUGCUUCGUGCCAGAGACCUGGGCUCUAUCGUCUGUGACAUCAGGUUCACAGAGCUGGACAACCUGGAGGCUUUCUGGGGUGACUACUUGAGCGGGAAUCUGCUGGAGGCCUUAAAGGGAGUCUUCAUCACUGACUCCCUCAGGAUGGCAGCAGGCAUGGAGGGCGUCCGCCUGCUGAUCAGUGUGGACCAAGAUGACUACGAGGAGGGCCGCAGGCUGCUGAGAGCCAGGAGAACGAUGUCACCCAUAAAUGGUGGGCGCUCACAAACUCAAUGGGCCUUUUAAGCUGAUAACACUGAGGAUUUUGUGUUGACCUUGAAGAAUGCAUUAGUAGUCAGUGCUAUAGAAAGUCAUGGUUGCAUGCAAAUUUGGGAGCUUUUUCAGGCCUCUGCUUAUAGUUGCAAUCCAUAUAAUAACCACUAGGUGGCAGCACGUACCAUCUGUUCUUUGUUUUUAUUUCAGGCCUUACAUUUUGAAAACUCUCAUUCUUUUGUUUAAAAAAAACUUUGUUAUUUAAAAGAAGUGAUGGAUAAGUGUGCUUUCCUUUUGGAUUCAGGCACAGGUGCUACUUUCUAGGAGACCAGGAUGUAGCAAGGCUUUCCUUUUAAGUCUCACUGAGAACAAGCACAGGCAAGCCUGUAACAACAUCAAGUGGAAAGCCUCUCAUAACACUGAUAAUGUUAAAUGAAAAAGGUUAAGAAUGUUGGGCUUCCACAAAUUAUUGAAACACAUCAGAAAAAAGGAUGUUUACAAACAUGCAUGCUUAUACAAACUCAACCACAACAAAACCAGACACCUAGUCAACAAUUAGGAGAAAAUUUUGCCUAAACUCAUGCUUGCAUUGUGGGCAUCCUUCCAACAUUGAAUUCUUAAAUAAAAACAAUGGAUUACUGCUGAAAGUUAAUAUCUCGUAGUUGUACUAAUUCUUUUUUUGUCAUGAGGAAUAAUACUAACUUGUCCUGACUUUACUUUAACACAUUUAACUGAGAAAAUAAUGUGCCAAAAAAAGUUUCUGUUCUUUAAAAAUGUUUGCGAGAAUUGAGCACAGAUGGAAAAGUGGCCUACUCUCAGAACAGAUUGACCUUUGUGUCUAACUUUUGAGAGCACAGUCCACACAUCUACACCUAGAUAACAAACACUGGGAUUCUCAGACCUGUGUACCACGAUAACCAGACUUGUGAUUGCCGUGGUCAGUGGAUACGAGAGUUGCCAGUAGAUGACAGCAGUGAUUAGGGCCAGGCCUCAGCAGACCAUGGAAGAUUCAUCAUCCAAAGCUUGUCAACAGCAACCAGGAUAAUGCAAUGGUGGCUUGUGCCCCGGCUUCCAGCUAGUCCUCAGCAAGUGCUUCUCUCAGCAAGUAAAGCACAGGACAGUGCGUCGGUCAAUAGAAGUGAUGUUGGAGAGAUCAAAAUCAAAAGUGCACAUCCCCGCUCCACUCAGCCCUGCUAUGUAGGCCCAGUAGAGUGGCUCACAGACAGCUGUCUACUCACCCUGCUGGAACUAAUGCCUGGACUUCACUCAUAGAAGAAGAUCAAUAAGGCCCCUCCUCUAAGUCCCCUCAUACAGGCACGACUUAAGCAGGCAGACUUGCUACUACUGUCUGAAGUGCAGAGCUCUGCAGGGCUGGACAAAGGGAGGGACAAUGGACACAUUUUCAUGUUUGUUUUUUGUGUUUUUGGUAAAUUGUGUUGUUAAUGUAUACAUUGAAUAGAAUUGUUUAUAAAAGAUAAAAAUCUCAUUUGGGGAACACUUUUGUUAAUGUAUAAUUUGCUUAUCGUAUGGCAACUUUUUUUGCGGAAAUCUUUGUAUAUUGGACAUUUCUGGUGAGUAAUAAACAUUAAAUAUCCUUAAAUUCUUUCAAAAAUUGUGUUUUUAAUCUACAAAAACUUUUACUGAAUCUUUGUCUAAAUACCUAAAAAUUUCCAGCCAAGGCCAUGAGAAAAAACAAAGCCAUUCAAAAAAAGCUCUACUUGAGCACGAACUGUAUACAUCAAAGUCCUAUUAAUGUGGCGACUGUGGAUCAGUAGGUAGAGUUGGUCAUGACCAAAUCAGAAGAUUGUUUGAUCCCAGCUCCUGCAGUCACAACUCAAUGUGUCCUCUGGCAAGACGGCUAACUCAGUUUGCUCCCACUGCUUCAUUGGUGGCAUGUAAAUGAGUGUGCAUUUGUUUGAAUGGGAUUAUCUAAUACUGAUUGCCAAUUCUCUGUAGCAAACUGCCAUCAGUGUGAUUGUAGAGCGAGUGGCAUAAAAUGGUGUAAAUGGGUAGGUGUGACCUGUGGUGUAAACGCACUUUGAGUAGUCAAAUGACACUAUACAAGCUUGAGUCCAUGUAUGUUAUUUGUUAUACACUUCAGGUGCCUGUUAUCACACUCAUAAGUGAAAAGACAUGUUGUGGUA